AUGAUACGCAUGACCAGCCAGGAUGCGAAUGGUUACACAUGCGCCGCUGAUGGUUCAGUCUGGAGUUACCCAGUUCUAGAAUCCCGGCAGAUCUCACUUCCUCCCGCAGAAACGCUUAUUUCGACCCAUGUUUCUUCGGGUCAGCUUGCCUUUUUUUUUUUCCAAGUCCGCUCAUUCAUCUUCUCCGUCUUUCUUGUUUCGGCGGCGCAACACCCCCGCUACCUGUGCAUCGGCUCUCUGAUUGCAGGGCUCGAAAAUAAGCUCGGGAUUGGUGUGCGAAAUCCGAACCUCCUCCAACAAGCCGGCUUGAGAACGCUGCUGGCUGAAUGGAAAGGGCGCUUACACCGAUGGAGAAAGAGGAGGGCGGUUAAGGCCAGUCGGAAGGAAUUCCGAUUCUUUGAAACACGUGUUGCCCUGGCCGAAAUGGAAACUUCACCAGUGGACCGGCCGAACAAUCGAGAAGUGAAUUUCCACUGCCGGUUCGGUACUCCCUCCGAGCUUUUCGAUCCUCCCACGCUUGGCGCAGACUGGGGCCAAGAUUCUAGGCCUGCCCCCUUCUCUAGCUUGUCAGGGGGAGACGUCCCUUCGAGGGUGGUGGCGUCAACCCGCUUUAGGAAAGAACCGGUUCUGGGCCCACUAUUCUUCAUAAGUGAAGUGUUGGUGUUUUCAAUGCCAGUGGGGGAUGGGAAGAUGGCUCGGAAUAGCUGCAACCAUGAGGCCGUUUGUUAUCACCACUGUCGGAAAACCCGCGACGGGGGUCGGAAGCACGUCUCGACUUGA